AUGAGAAGUAGAGAUGGAUUAUUGCUUUUUCAAUAUUUUGUAAAUGACGAAAUCCUUCCCGUCAAGAUUAGGGUUUUGCAUAUGCGACAGGGCUAUAUAAAUACGGCGCUUUAGAAUCCGUCUGCGACUGUCGUAGAGGCGUGAGGGUGAGGGUGAGGGGGGGCGUUUAGCAGCAGUACAGCAAAAAUGGGUAUUUCUCGGGAUUCCAUGCACAAAAGGCGUGCCACUGGCGGCAAGAAGAAGGCAUGGAGAAAGAAGCGCAAGUAUGAACUUGGUCGUCAGCCUGCAAACACCAAGCUUUCAAGUGACAAAACAGUGAGGAGAAUCCGUGUGAGAGGGGGCAAUGUGAAGUGGAGAGCCCUCAGAUUGGACACAGGGAAUUAUUCUUGGGGCAGUGAAGCUAUCACCCGCAAGACCCGUAUUCUUGAUGUGGUGUACAAUGCCUCAAACAACGAGCUUGUUAGGACACAAACCCUGGUGAAAAGUGCAAUUGUUCAGGUGGAUGCAGCUCCAUUCAAACAGUGGUAUCUACAGCACUACGGUGUUGACAUUGGAAGGAAGAAGAAGGCAGUGGUCAAGAAGGAAACAAUAGAGGAGGGAGAAGCCGCAACAGCAGAGGAAACUAAGAAGAGCAACCAUGUAGUCAGGAAGCUGGAGAAGCGUCAGAAAGAUCGCAGACUUGAUUCCCACAUUGAAGACCAGUUUGGUGCUGGUAGGUUGUUCGCCUGCAUUUCAUCCCGCCCUGGUCAAUGUGGCCGAGCUGAUGGAUAUAUUUUGGAGGGCAAGGAGCUGGAGUUCUAUAUGAAGAAGAUUCAGAGGAAGAAAGGGAAGGGUGGUGCUGGUGCUUAAUUGUAUUUUUUUGGCUGUUCUUUUAUGGUCCAUCUAGAUUUCUUAUUAGGUGUUGCCUCCCUGUGCUGUGCUGUUCAAAUAUGGUGUGGUAGAUACUUGAGUAUAGUGGUGCCUACUAAAUUAUUGUGAAUUUGUGUGUGAACAAUUUUGCUAGUGUUUGUCAGAUGCUGGUUGGUUUUUAAGUUUGAUAAUCUAUUGGCACUAUUGGUCUUA